GCGGCGGCGGCGGUUGCUAGGGCAGCCAUAGGAGGAAGCAGUUCCCGGGCAGCUCAGAAUCACAUCCAGGCGACGAGAUCUGGUUUUGGCUGGAAGAGGAAGGAGAAGAGAUUUGAGGUCUCCAGAGGCAAAGUUGAAGAUUUCGACCAUGGCUACUGAGCUGGACUUCACACCCCCGGAAAUCCCAGACCCGACAUUCAUGGAGAACAUCCUACACUAUGGCCUGUUCUUUGGAGCCAUUUUCCAGCUCAUCUGUGUUUUGGCCAUAAUCCUUCCCAUUCCAAAGCUGCAUAAACCUGAUACAGAAGGCUUUGAAUCAAAAAGCGCAGAAGUGGUGAAAAAAACCAAAGUUGUUGCCGCCUCAGCAAACAAGAAACCGAAAAAAGAAACGAAGAAGAAACGAUAGAACGGUUUUGUGACCAACAAAAAGGCUGUGCGUCAACAGCAAGCUUUCUCUGGAUAUGUUGGCGAGGAAGAACACGAAACAUAAACAAGCAUCCAACGACGCAUCUGGGCUUAUAUCCUCAUUCCUGGUGCAAAGAAGUACUUUUUGAAAAGAUAUGACAGUACUUGUUCCAUGUGAUGUGUCUUUCAUUCCUUAAAACUGCAUCAUCUUACCAAGAGUGGGAGGUGGGGGGGAUGGAAUAUUUUCUUUAUGACGCUUAAGGUGUGAAGUACAGGUCCUAUAAAAGGAAACUGAACUGUGCAAAAUGCCUUUCCCCUAUAUUUGUAAGAGCAGCGGGAUCAAGAAGUACGCCUUCGUAUUUUGUACGUUAAUGAUGUGCUUAAUAUACCUGUUUUUGUAAUGUAAUUAUCAUAUUUCCCCUUUCUUUUUUAAAAGCCUCUUGAUUCUAA